GAAUAGAGAUAAUUGAGCCCAACGUGGUUAUGUACGGAACAAUUAUUAAUGGGCUUUGCAAAACGGGCAAUACUAUUACAGCUGUUAGGUUGCUCAGGAUGAUGGAAAAGGGAAAUUGUAAACCUAACACGAUAACAUAUAACAUGAUCAUUGACAAUUUUUGCAAGGAUAGAAUGAUCGAUGAUGCUGUAAGGGCUCUUUCUAGAAAUGAAGGAAGAAGGCAUUCUUAUAGACAUCAUUACUUGUAACUCUUUGAUUCAUGGCCUUUGUAGUUUUGGCAAGUGGAAGGAGGCUAAAAGAAUGUUGAGAUAGAUGUUGAAUGUUGGCAUUUAUCCAUAUGUUUACACAUUCACUGUGCUGGUGGAUGCACUUUCCAAGGAAGGGAAGGCAAAUAAAGCAGAUGAGGUACUUGAAGUCAUGAUAGAAAGACGUUUGGAUCCUGAUGUAGUCACAUACAAUAGUUUAAUGGAUGGAUAUUGUUUGCAAGGCCAAAUGGAUGAAGCAAUGGGAGUGUUCAAUAAAAUGGUGGAGAGGGGGGUUCAGCCUAACAUUUUUUGCUAUAAUAUUUUGAUUAACGGAUAUUGCAAGAAGAUGAAAAUAGACGAGGCUAUGCAUCUCUUUAGAGAAAUACCUCAAAGGGGGUUGAAGCCUACUGUGGAUACUUUUAACACUAUGUUACAAGGCUUGUUUCGGUUUGGUAGAUGUGCAGCCGCUCACAAACUUUUUGAUGAAAUGCAAGUUGCAGGCAUAAAUCCAUGUACUCAAACCUUUGGUAUCUUGCAGGGGGGCCUUUGCAAAAAUGGUAGUAUUUCUGUGGCAUUGUCCUUGUUUCAAACUAUGGAAAGCAACGGGUUAAAUAUUGAUGUUGUCAAGUACAAUAUCCUCAUUGAUGCCAUUAUGCAAGGAUAAAAAGAUGGACCAUGCAAGGGAUCUUUUCAAUAAACUUUCUUCCAAGGGAUUACAUCCAGAUGUCAGGACGUACAAUAUCAUGAUACGGGGUUUUUGUUAUAAAGGACUAUUGGACGAAGCUAAAGAGUUUUUUUUGGAAAUGGAACAAAAUGGUUGCUUUCCAGAUGGUUGCACUUAUAAUGUUAUUAUUCGAGGAUUUCUUGCUAGGCAGAAGUAUUUUGAGGCCUUGGUAUUCCUCAAGGAAAUGGUUGCAAAGGGGUUUUCAGCAGAUGCAUCUACAGUUUCCUGUAUUGUGAAUCUAAUGUCAACUAAAGGACAAGAUCCUGCUGUCCAGGAAUUGAUAAACAGGUUGAUGCCACAGGAUAGACAUGGCAUGCAAGAGAUUGAAUAAAUAAUUAGGAUACAAAGGUAAAUCUCCUUCUAUACUUGGUGAUAUUUUAGCUUAAACUGUCCAAUGAAUCAAAAAAAAUUAUGUACACUGUCCAUCCUACAAUAUUUCAUUGUGUUACUCUCCUUUUUUGGCCUCUAUAUUAUGAUUGUUUGUAAACGUCAAUUAUCUUCUCAACUCUCUCUCCUUGCUCUCCUUAGACUUGCAAUACAAACUUGAGUUUUAAGAUUUUUCUUCGGCUAACUACGAAUUGGACCAUUGCUUGAAACUUUUUUUUUUAUACCCCUAUGGCAAAUUGUUGAAGUGGAGAAAGGUUUAUAUGGAUUUCUUCUCAAUUCUCUUAGAUCGUUAUAUUUUUGGACACAUUAAUUUUGGAGUUUGAGGACUUUGCAGACACUAUAGUUCUAAUUUCUUACUGUGGUGGACUUAUGCCCAUUUCAUUCACAUGGGCUUUUACUUCUCUUUCCUCUAUUUAGGACUUGUUGCUACCUCUUUAGAAAAUUGUUGGUCAGAAUAGACUACUAAAUAUAUUCUUGUAGACAUUUUUCUCUGUCUCUUUGCUCUGUUGUAAUUCACAUGGUGCACAUACUAGUAUAUUCUUUUGAUGUUCUGUUUUGUUGUAUGGGCAUUUCGCUGUGAUUUUGGUAUAAAUCUCAAUUUAUAAUAGCUUUCUUUACUUUUGAUGUUCUAUCUUGUUUUCUUUUCUUGUUACUUUUUGAUAAUUGUCAUUUGUAGAUAUACGUGGUGCUUCCAAAUUGUUUGACCUUAUUAUGUUUUCAGAAGGUUCAAGGGGGCAAGUCUUAUUUCAGAUAUUUAUGAUGCUUUAGGCAUUUAGUCUGCCAUGUUUAUUACUAUUGAACUUGGGUCUAGUUUCACAUGUUUCUUUUUCUUUUUUUUGGAAGUGAUCUUUUGCUGUUUACUGUAUAGUAUUAUUCAAGGUGCUUCACAAAGUUAACGAUUGAAGAGAGGCUCUUCUGAGCAAGGUGCUGGACAUUUGUUGAAGGGCCCAAAUACUUACCAUGGAUUGGAGAGUCGAGUUCUGACCACAGGUUUGGUUCUGCGAACCACAAAGGGGAGAGAGAGGCUUUGGAAAAUAGCUAAAUGGCGAACUCAAGUUUCUGAAAACAAGACCUGGCGUUUCUGAAGUUUCAAAUAGGAUUCUGAUGAAAGAUAUCCCAAUCGAUCAUUUCAAUUGCUUCAAUAUUUGGACUCAGUUUGAGAAGUUGGUGUAGGGCUGAUGACCAAACCAUUGAGAGUGUCACAAAAGAAGAAGAAACCCUAUUGUCCAUCAAUUUGAAGAUGUGGAGCAGAAGAGGGAGCAUCAUCCCUCUUCAGAGUUAGAAGUGGAAAAGCAAUUGGGUGUUGAUAAAUUAGCAGUACCCACGAGUUUUAACGAGCCAAAUCAAGCGUGGAACAAGAGAGAGAUUUUGGAGAGACUUGAUUCCGAUGCCUAGAAGUUGAACACCCUUCAGAUCACAGUGGAAGAACUGAGAAGGAAAUUGGUAACAAGCAAG